GGAAAUAUCAGUCACCAUGGGGAGUGUCAACGUUAACCGUAACGUCAGCGAUGCGUUUUACCGCUACAAAAUGCCACGGAUCCAAGCUAAAGUCGAAGGCAAGGGUAACGGCAUCAAGACCGUAAUCGUGAAUAUGGUCGACGUUGCCAAAGCAAUUGGAAGACCUGCUACUUACCCGACCAAGUACUUCGGCUGUGAACUUGGAGCGCAAACUCAAUUUGAUUUCAAAAACGAAAGAUUUAUUGUCAAUGGUUCGCACGACGCCACUAAAUUACAAGAUCUUCUCGAUGGAUUCAUUAGAAAAUACGUUCUUUGUCCGGCCUGCGAUAAUCCCGAAACAGAACUGAUAGUCAGCGCGAAGAAAGGAACCAUCUCGCAGGGAUGCAAAGCCUGCGGUUAUCAUGGACUAUUGGAAAGCAAUCACAAGUUAAACACCUACAUCCUAAAGAAUCCACCCAGCCUAAAUCCCGCAGUUCAAGGAAGCUCUCUAACGGAAGGAAAACGCGGAAAACGUUCGAAACGCGCCAACGGUGAUACUACCACCACAACUACCGCUACUGCUAACGGCGAUCGAUCUGGUUCUCCGGAGAAUGAUACCAGCACAACCGAUAUCGUGGUCGAAGCUCCUGAAAAAGUGGCAAACGAAGAGGCAGACGAUGUUAAUUGGGCCGUCGACGUGUCGGAAGAGGCAGUUAGAGCUCGUCUGCAAGAUUUAACGGACGGAGCAAAAGGAAUGACCAUCAACGAUGAUCUCGAUAAGACUGAAAAUGAACGAAUGGACAUGUUUUAUAAAUUAGUCAAAUGUCGUCGCGACGCUGGGCAACUGGACAAUCAUAAAGAGUUGGUAGCGGAGGCUGAACGUCUGGAGAUUAAGACGAAGGCGCCGUUGGUUUUGGCCGAACUACUCUUCGAUCAAAACAUUGCUGGUCAAGCAAAAAAAUAUCGAGUACUUUUGCUUCGUUUCACGCACGAUGACAUCAAGGCACAAAAGUAUUUAAUCAGAGGAAUCGAACAAGUAAUAGCCCUGCAUAAAGAUGUAUUGAUGUCAAAAGUCCCUGGCAUUCUAAAGCUCUUUUACGAUGCCGAUAUUUUGGAAGAAAAAGCCCUAUUCGAGUGGGCGAGCAAAGUCACUGGAAGAUACGUAUCGAAAGAUUUAUCCCAAGAAAUUCAUGAUAAAGCUGCACCGUUCAUAACUUGGUUGAAAGAAGCAGAAGAAGAAGAUUCGGAGUCGGAAGAAGAAGACGACGAUUUGGAGAUCGAAUACGACGAUAGAGCCAAACAAUCGCUAAAACCACAACAGCCAACGCCUGUGCAGAAACCUGCUGUAGCAAAUGAUUCGGAUGAUGCGGAUGAUUUUGACAUCGAUGCCAUUUAAAGAUGUAAUGAAAAUGAAAAGAUGCUCAGUAGUCGGACUUGAAGAAAAUGAGGAAAGAAACGAAUAGGAAAAAAUAUGUCCGAUAAACGAUGCUAUACGAUUAUUUCUCACACGAUACAAAGAAUCGCAAUGCAAUCUCUUACUAUAUCAUACAUGUAUAGGAUUUUGUUAUUUUAGGUCAAGGAGUGAUUACAAUGCCAUUAUGAUGUACGACAAAUUUUAACUGUUCCACAAGUUUAGCAAUAUUUAUCGGUACGGUGAUACUUUUUUAAUUGUUUUUUUUAAACAAGGUGAUUCGAUGAUGAAUCAUCUUAUAUCAUUAUUCACAAUGAUUACUGAGCGAUUUUUUUAAACGAUCGAUACUUGUAUACGUUGAUUCGCGUCUCCUUUAGAAGAAAAAUACAACACGAUAUUAAUAGUUACAUCGUUACUGGGAAGUUGGCCUGCUAAAAGCGUCCUCUAUUGUAUCUAUUUACUAUUCAAUUAAUAAUUAUUCAAAUAAAUAUGGUUUAUCGCAAUGUA